GACUUCUGGUCAACGUCUUGCUGAGCCACCGGAAGAGGAAGUUUCGCCGUCGAACGCUCCCUCGCUGGUCCGAAUUCGGUGGCGCCACGUCCGCGGGUCUCCGCCUUCUGCAUCGCACCUUGGGACGGUUUCCGCCUCUGUACUUUCCACUUGCGGAGCCGGUGGUGCCGUGAGGGGUCGGGGGCAGGGAGUCGGACAGCUUUGCGCAUCCUGGCCACCUAAGAGGCGAAGAUGUCGGACAUUGGGGACUGGUUUAGAAGCAUCCCGGCUAUCACGCGCUAUUGGUUCGCCGCCACCGUUGCAGUACCUUUGGUCGGCAAACUUGGUCUCAUCAGUCCGGCCUACUUCUUCCUCUGGCCCGAAGCCUUUCUCUAUCGCUUCCAGAUUUGGAGGCCAGUUACUGCCACCUUUUAUUUCCCUGUGGGCCCAGGAACUGGAUUUCUUUAUCUGGUCAAUUUAUAUUUCUUGUAUCAAUAUUCCACAAGACUUGAAACAGGAGCUUUUGAUGGGAGGCCAGCGGACUAUUUAUUCAUGCUCCUCUUUAACUGGAUUUGCAUUGUGAUUACUGGCUUAGCAAUGGAUAUGCAACUGCUGAUGAUUCCUCUGAUCAUGUCAGUACUUUAUGUGUGGGCCCAGUUGAACAGAGACAUGAUUGUAUCGUUUUGGUUUGGAACACGGUUUAAGGCCUGUUACUUGCCUUGGGUUAUCCUUGGAUUCAACUAUAUCAUUGGAGGCUCGGUGAUCAAUGAGCUGAUUGGAAAUCUUGUUGGACAUCUUUACUUCUUCCUAAUGUUCAGAUACCCGAUGGACUUGGGAGGAAGAAAUUUUCUGUCCACACCUCAGUUUUUGUACCGGUGGCUGCCCAGCAGGAGAGGAGGGGUGUCAGGAUUUGGUGUGCCCCCUGCAAGCAUGAGGCGAGCUGCUGAUCAGAAUGGCGGUGGAGGGAGACACAACUGGGGACAGGGCUUUCGACUUGGGGACCAGUAAAGGAGUGGCUUCUGACCUGCCCACCUGCCGCUCUGCUCAGAUGAAGUUCCCUCCCAGUGCUGGGUGCGCUUAACAUCCAAAUUCUAGCUAAUGCUGCUGGACCCGACCCACACUGAAUGUAGUUUUUCAGUACAAGACACACUUUAAAAAAAAAAAAAUCCUGAAGAAAAAUAUAAGUGUUCCUCAAGUUUCAUGAUUCUCAUUCAAGUCCUUACUACUAUGAAGAACAAAUAGCAACUGUGCAAAUUCAGAAAUGACUCUAUCUCUCGGUGUCUUCUCUUUUCCAUCUUGAAUAAUGGGUGUUCUCAGAGCACCAAGUUGGGCAUCUGGGGUGGAGUCACAAUACUGUUUUUAAAGGGACUCUUACCUCUUACACUCUUUCUUUCUCUCCUGCAUACUCACACACCCUCCUACUUUUCCCAGUCCCCAAGUUCGCAUCUAGGGGAGGUUGACCAUGAAAUGAAUUUGCCCUUGACAAGGGCUCUUAUUUAUUGACUUUUGCCAAGGCUUGAUCACAAAGAACUUGUUCACACCAUUUCCCCUCCUGCCCCCCCCCUUUGGUGACAGAACUCUAGUUAUAGAGGAGAAGACUAGAGCAGUGAGUGAAGAACUUUCUCAGCUUUAGAAAUUGGCUGUGAUCUGACAUCCACUGCAACCUUUUGCCACCUCUUCAGAUAUUUUUUAUUUAAAAAAAACACCACUGAAUCAGUGAGACUACAGAUAGGAAUAAACCUGACAUGAGGUCUGUUCUGGGUAGUUUUUUUUGUUUUAUUUUUUUCUCUCUAAGUGAUCAAAACCAUAGUGGAGUUGCAUCUUAUCCAAGAGUUAGGUUUGUAUCUUUCAGGAAGGUUCUACUGGCUGUGUAUAUACCCAGAGGGGUUGAGUUGUGUGGUUCCAGAGACUUGCAAAUCUCACUUGCCACAGACUGGUGUUCUCUUUCAGAGACACUUGGCAUUGAUUUCAUUCCAUCUUCUUCCUGGGUUUUUGUUGUGCAGAGCAGGGGUGGGGAAGUUGAAAUCGUCAGGUUUUUUUUUCCCUUCCUUUCCUCCCUUAUUUGAAUGGCCAUAUGCUUCAAUAGAUGAUGAGGGAAGUGCAGCUCCUCUGCAUGUAGAUCAUUUUUAAUGACUGAGGCCAGUCUUGAGGCCAGUCACUUAAUUUUGAGUUGUAGCAGCUUUAGAAUAACUUAGGUGUGAGGGUCUUGAUUAUUUUGAGCCAUGAAUGUACACCAGACCAGCCUAAAUGCUCACAUUUUACUAUGUGGGCUUUUUCCUUUAGAGGACGACUUGCCACCAAAUAGAGAUUUUUGGAGGCUAUGGUAUUAUACACAGUUUUUCUUUUUUUUUUUCUUUUUAAUUCUCAAUGUAGACUGGGUAGGAGCAGUGUUGAGUUGCUGUCACACUUUGAGUUAGAUAAAAGGACUUUGAGCAUUUUGAUCAGUUUGUUUUCAGGAAAUAAUAUGCUUUAAUAUAUGACACUUUUUUGCCCUGCCCUUAAAGUGUGAUGGGUGCCAUCUUAGGAAGGGGUGACUUGGAACUAGCUCACUUUAAAUAAAGUUUUGUGUACCAUAUUUGAUUUAUACAACAAAAUAGGAAGUGGAAGAAUCUGAACCUUUUCUGUCAUAUGUUCCGCUGUUGACCUGUGGCGACAAUAAAAACGGACUUGUAAAAUUUUAGAAGCCAUCAUACUGUUAUGUUGUAUGUGUACUUGUCUAGGAGUGGAAACUUGUGUAAGAGGCUUCUUGUGGUAAGUGAGGGAGAGUCUCUUACAUCCACUUAGUAACUCAGUUACCAAUUGCAGUUAUUUUUCUAAAGAUUGCAAAUAUUCAAAAGUCUUCAGUUCAAGGUAAAAUGGUGAUUAGGUUUAUUUUUAUUUUUUUUAUUUUUAUUUUUUUAAAGAAACUGAAAAUGUUGUUAAUCAUGUCUGUAUAUUACUUCACUUUAUGGAAUGACUUUAGCCCACUAGACUAUUCGAUAUUUGACUUGAUCAGUAAGACACGACAGUGGGUUCUCUUUAUGAAUAAAAACUAUUUUGCGUAGAGAAAUUCCUUUUUUGUAACCAGUUCUUUUUAUUGGUAAAAAAUAUAAAUUAAAAUGUGUAACUCUUGUUACACAUCUGUGCUAA